UACAAGACAGAGCCGGAGCAGACAUGGCGGUGGUGUGAAGUGGUGGAGAUUCCUCCCCCUUUGACCAACACUAGCACCCCUCCCCUUCUGCAUAAUAUCAUGCAUCUCUUUUACCUCGCUGCAAAGUGCUGAAGUGUGGCUUCGACACUCGGACACAAAGAGAGAGAGAGAAUGGCGGAUCGCAGCAUUGAUAGUCUGGUUCUUCCUCUCGAGGUGAGGGCGAAGCUGGCCGAGCUGGAUUUGGAAUUAUCCGAAGGAGACAUCACACAGAAAGGGUAUGAAAAGAAGAAAUCAAAACUACUUGGAGCUUACCUGCCACAGCCUCCAGGAGUGGAACCGUCCUUGCCACAAGAGCGGCGAACACCUGUCACACCAUCCUCCUCCUCCAGAUACCAUCGCCGUCGGUCGUCAGGGUCACGAGAUGAGCGGUACCGGUCAGACGUACAUACAGAGGCAGUACAAGCUGCUCUCGCGAAACACAAAGAAAGAAAGAUGGCUGUUCCUAUGCCAUCUAAACGGCGCUCAUUGGUGGUACAAACAUCAAUGGAUGCCUACACACCUCCAGAUACCUCUUCUGGGUCAGAGGAUGAGGGAUCAGGGCAAGGUGACUCCCAGGGAACCCCUUCCUCCAGCCAAGGCAGUCUGAACAUGGAACACUGGAUCAGUCGAGCAAUCCAUGGCUCCACAACGUCAUCCACCAACUCUUCCUCUUCCACACAGAGUGGCGGGAGUGGUGCUGCUAAUGCACUGGCUGAUGUCAUGACACAAACACGCAUCGAAAACCACUCUGCACCUCCAGAUAUCACCACUUACACUACAGAGCACUCAAUACAAGUUGAACGCCCACAAGGAUCAACACCAAGAGCAGUCCCAAAGUAUGGCAAUGCUGAGCUAAUGGAAACUGGUGAUGGAGUACCAGUCAGCAGCCGCGUCUCCGCAAAGAUCCAGCAACUUGUGAACACCUUGAAACGGCCAAAGCGCCCGCCAUUACGGGAAUUCUUUGUUGAUGAUUUUGAAGAAUUAUUGGAAGUUCAACAGCCAGACCCUAACCAGCCGAGACCAGAGGGAGCUCAGAUGUUGGCCAUCCGAGGAGAGCAGCUUGGUGUAGUAACUAACUGGCCACCCUCCCUCGAGGCAGCUCUUCAGCGCUGGGGGACCAUCUCUCCGAAAGCACCUUGCCUGACAACCAUGGACACAAAUGGAAAACCACUUUAUAUUCUUACAUACGGGAAGCUGUGGACAAGGAGUAUGAAAGUGGCCUACAACAUCCUGCAUAAACUGGGCACCAAGCAGGAACCAAUGGUCAGGCCUGGAGAUAGGGUAGCUCUUGUUUUUCCGAACAAUGAUCCUGCUGCUUUUAUGGUUGCUUUUUAUGGUUGCCUGUUGGCGGAGGUAGUUCCUGUUCCAAUUGAAGUGCCCCUUACAAGAAAGGAUGCUGGAAGUCAACAAAUUGGUUUUCUUUUAGGAAGUUGUGGGGUUACUGUAGCACUAACCAGUGACGCUUGUCACAAAGGUUUGCCUAAAAGUCCAACAGGCGAGACCCUACAGUUUAAAGGUUGGCCACGGUUGCUGUGGUUUGUAACAGAAUCUAAGCACCUGUCGAAGCCCCCACGGGACUGGUUCCCUCACAUCAAGGAUGCAAACAACGACACUGCAUACAUUGAGUACAAGACCUGUAAGGAUGGCAGCGUACUAGGCGUCACUGUGACCAGAAUUGCACUCCUGACCCAUUGUCAGGCUCUGACUCAAGCUUGCGCAUACACAGAAGCGGAAACCAUUGUGAAUGUAUUGGAUUUUAAGAAAGAUGUUGGUUUGUGGCAUGGUAUUCUUACGAGUGUUAUGAACAUGAUGCAUGUCAUCAGUAUCCCAUAUUCAUUAAUGAAGGUGAAUCCCCUAUCAUGGAUACAGAAAGUCUAUGCAUAUAAGGCCAAAGUAGCUUGUGUGAAGUCCAGGGAUAUGCAUUGGGCCUUGGUAGCACACAGAGAUCAGCGAGACAUCAACCUCACCUCACUGCGGAUGCUAAUUGUAGCAGAUGGAGCCAACCCUUGGUCUAUUUCUUCCUGUGAUGCAUUCCUGAAUGUUUUCCAAAGCAAAGGAUUGCGUCCUGAAGUAAUCUGUCCUUGUGCUAGUUCACCUGAAGCUCUUACUGUAGCUAUCCGCAGGCCAACAGAUGAUACCAAUCAGCCUCCUGGUCGAGGUGUUCUCUCCAUGCAUGGCUUGAGCUAUGGGGUUAUAAGAGUGGACUCUGAAGAAAAGCUGUCUGUUCUGACUGUACAAGAUGUUGGAAUGGUGAUGCCUGGAGGUGUGAUGUGUGUUGUAAGACCAGAAGGAAUCCCAUUGCUCUGUAGAACGGAUGAAAUUGGCGAACUCUGUGUCUGUUCCAUCGCUGCGGGCACAUCCUACUACGGUCUAUCAGGGAUGACAAAGAACACUUUUGAGAUGUUUCCCAUGAUGAGCUCGGGUGCUCCGGUCAGUGAAUAUCCAUUUGUCCGAACCGGACUCUUGGGCUUUGUUGGCCCCGGCGGAAUGGUCUUUGUGGUGGGAAAAAUGGAUGGUCUGAUGGUUGUCAGUGGGCGGCGACACAAUGCCGAUGACAUUGUGGCAACAGCACUUGCAGUGGAACCAAUGAAGUUUGUCUACAGAGGAAGAAUAGCUGUGUUUUCUAUAAAUGUUUUGCAUGAUGAGAGGAUCGUAAUCAUUGCUGAACAGAGACCAGAUUCUACUGAGGAGGAUAGCUUUCAGUGGAUGAGUAGAGUCCUUCAGGCAAUCGACGGUAUUCAUCAAGUAGGGGUUUACUGCUUGGCUCUGGUACCAGCUAAUACUCUUCCAAAAACUCCUCUGGGUGGUAUACACCUCUCUGAAACCAAACAGUGCUUUUUAGAAGGUUCUCUCCAUCCAUGCAAUGUGUUAAUGUGUCCACACACUUGCGUAACAAAUCUACCCAAACCAAGGCAGAAACAACCAGAGAUUGGUCCUGCUUCUGUAAUGGUAGGAAAUCUGGUAUCAGGAAAGAGAAUUGCCCAGGCCAGUGGAAGAGAUUUAGGGCAGAUUGAAGAUAAUGACCAAGGUAGAAAGUUUAUGUUUCUGGCUGAAGUUCUACAAUGGCGUGCACAAACUACUCCUGACCAUGUGCUUUUCACACUACUGAACUCUAGGGGAACAAUAGCCAAUUCUUUAACAUGCCUUCAGCUGCAUAAACGAGCAGAGAAAAUAGCAGUUAUGCUGAUGGAGAGAGGACACUUACAGGAUGGAGAUCAUGUGGCUUUGGUUUAUCCACCAGGAAUAGACUUAAUUGCAGCAUUUUAUGGAUGCCUGUAUGCAGGUUGUGUGCCAAUAACUGUUCGACCUCCACAUCCACAGAAUAUUGCUACCACGUUACCCACAGUGAAGAUGAUAGUGGAGGUCAGCCGAUCAGCAUGCAUUAUGACCUCACAAUUGAUUGUAAAACUUCUAAGGUCGAGAGAAGCAGGGGCAGCUGUUGAUGUAAGAACGUGGCCUCCUGUCUUAGACACAGAUGAUUUGCCAAAGAGACGUCCUUCCCAAAUUUACAAACCCUCAAACCCCGACACUUUGGCCUACCUUGAUUUUAGUGUAUCUACAACAGGAAUGCUGGCAGGGGUGAAGAAAAACUACUGCUGGGAGGUUGAAGACUCUUACACAGGAGCACCUGGCAUAUAUACACAAGCCUUGCCCUCUAUUUCCAUCAAUCAGUUCACUCAUAAUAUGUCCCAUGCAGCAACCAGUGCCUUGUGUCGAUCAAUUAAGCUGCAGUGUGAGCUCUACCCUUCCCGAGAAGUAGCAAUCUGCUUGGACCCCUAUUGUGGACUCGGAUUUGUGCUUUGGUGCCUCUGCAGUGUCUACUCAGGGCAUCAGUCCAUCCUAAUCCCACCUUCAGAAUUGGAGAUAAACCCCUCACUCUGGCUUCUUGCUGUCAGUCAGUAUAAAGUCCGAGACACCUUCUGCUCCUACUCUGUCAUGGAACUCUGCACAAAGGGGCUUGGCUCGCAAACUGAAUCACUCAAGACCAGGGGAUUGGACCUGUCUCGUGUGCGGACAUGUGUCGUUGUUGCAGAAGAGCGCCCUCGAAUAGCGCUUACCCAAUCGUUUUCUAAGUUAUUUAAAGACCUGAACCUUAACCCAAGAGCAGUUAGCACGUCAUUUGGCUGCAGAGUGAACCUUGCUAUAUGCCUUCAGGGUACGUCGGGACCUGAUCCCACAACUGUUUAUGUGGAUAUGAGAGCACUGAGGCAUGACAGGGUCCGUUUAGUGGAAAGAGGAUCUCCCCACAGUCUACCACUAAUGGAGUCCGGAAAAAUCCUUCCUGGAGUGAGAAUAAUUAUUGCCAACCCUGAAACAAAAGGACCACUUGGGGACUCGCACCUUGGCGAGAUUUGGGUUCACAGUGCUCAUAAUGCGAGUGGGUAUUUCACCAUUUAUGGAGAUGAAUCUCUUCAGUCAGAUCAUUUCAACUCCCGCUUGAGCUUUGGAGAUACACAAACAGUAUGGGCCCGAACAGGUUACUUGGGAUUUCUUAGACGGACGGAUCUUACUGACGCCAAUGGAGAACGCCACGAUGCAUUGUAUGUUGUGGGUGCUUUGGAUGAAGCAAUGGAGUUGCGAGGAAUGAGAUAUCAUCCCAUUGACAUUGAAACAUCUGUGAUUCGUGCUCACAAGAGCAUCACUGAGUGUGCGGUGUUUACCUGGACAAAUCUCUUGGUGGUCGUUGUGGAACUAGAUGGAUCAGAACAAGAGGCUUUGGACCUUGUUCCCCUGGUCACUAAUGUGGUUCUGGAGGAACAUUACCUUAUUGUAGGAGUUGUAGUUGUGGUUGAUGUCGGAGUGAUCCCAAUAAACUCUCGUGGAGAAAAGCAGCGCAUGCAUCUAAGGGAUGGGUUUUUGGCAGACCAACUCGAUCCUAUCUAUGUGGCCUACAACAUGUAGCCUCUUGUCUAAGGCUUCCAUUAACUAUGUGUAUGUACAUAUGUAAAAAGAACUCUUGGUGUUCACCACAAAUGUGCAGAAACCGAAAGACAAAUGGUUGCUCCAGAGGGGGACUUUCUGCACGCACAAGCACUAGUGACUCGUCACAAAGAUGUGAAACUUUCCUUUGUACCACAAAGACAAUGAUUAGUACACAGCCCUUUGAAGGUCGAAAUCCCGUCAUGGAAUCUAUUUCUUGCUUGUUGGUUGAUUAACUGCUUUUAAAGUAAGUGUACUAUCUGCGCUCUGUAUUUUUAAGUUAUAUCAGCUGAAGUUGCUUACGUUUUUUAAUCUGCCCUCUAAGGGGGUGCUUUUUAUGUAUUCACAUACUGUGGCAAAAGCAAGUAUUUUAGGUUGUUGAUUCUUGAGAUUUGGUCAAAAAUUGUCAAAAAAUUGUAAACAAGGAACCUUCUACCUAGAAAUGAUUGACUGAAGAUAUUUUGUUCCUCCUUUUUUUCUUGUAUGUCUGGUAUUUGAUAUUAAGAGGUACGAGAGUAACAUCUACCCUGUCGGCACCUUAAUAGUUGCAACUAAGUUAUGAGCUCCCUCUCAAAGCAGGACUUGAGAAAAACCUGCAAGGGCAAUCAGGAGGUGUCUGCUACCUAACAACAGGGGUGUAGAUUAGAGGUGCAUCCAGUAAAAGGGUUCAGAUAUGUUUUCAUGUGUGAUGAUUAUCAUUGUACUACAAAAAAAGGAGAAAAAUACUGAGUAACUUCAUAUCGUGUAAUUAUGUACAAAACAGUUUUAAUUUAUUUUGUUCUUUAGAAGUAUAUUAAGAGAGAGACAUCUGAGAAUGUUUUACUCUUUUAAAUGUUUGCUAUUAAGAGGCAAAGUGUUGCAUUAUUUUAUGUGGAUAGCUUCACAUCUGCACACUAUAUUCGAGGUAACUCAUCAGAUCUAUGGUUUUACCAAUGGAAGAAAUAUUGAAAAAGCAGUAAUUCUUACUUGCAUGGUGUCCCAGUUUUUAAAUGAACGUAAGGUCGUGUUAUUCACUCGGUCCACCUCAGAGGUGCAGUAUCUCAGCACGUGAUGUGACGUAACGCAAGCACCUUCCAUCAGAAGAUAAAGUUUGUGAAAAGAUCUGUGGACAUCUUUAUGCUUGUGAAUUAACUGAAGUUUAAAGUGCACUAAAAAAUAUUUUAAAAAAAUCAAUAAAAAAAUUGUAUUGUGCCA